UCCUUUUUCAUGCCAGGUCCGCUCCAUGGUGAGUGACUUUGCUGUUUUCCUCACUAUCUUCACAAUGGUGAUUAUUGAUUUUUUGAUUGGAGUACCAUCACCCAAGCUUCAGGUUCCCAGUGUGUUCAAGCCAACACGGGAUGACCGAGGGUGGAUUAUUAGUCCCAUUGGCCCCAAUCCCUGGUGGACUGUGAUUGCUGCUGUUAUUCCAGCACUGCUCUGCACUAUUUUAAUAUUCAUGGACCAGCAGAUCACAGCCGUCAUCAUUAACAGGAAGGAACACAAACUCAAGAAAGGAUGUGGCUACCACCUGGACCUGCUGAUGGUGGCCAUCAUGCUGGGUGUCUGCUCCAUCAUGGGCCUGCCCUGGUUUGUGGCUGCAACUGUCCUAUCCAUCACGCACGUGAAUAGCCUCAAACUGGAAUCUGAGUGCUCUGCCCCAGGAGAACAGCCCAAGUUCUUGGGCAUCCGAGAACAGAGAGUGACAGGCCUUAUGAUCUUUGUGUUGAUGGGCUGCUCAGUCUUCAUGACAACUAUAUUAAAGUUUAUCCCGAUGCCGGUCCUGUAUGGAGUCUUCCUCUACAUGGGAGUGUCUUCCCUGCAGGGAAUUCAGUUCUUUGAUCGUCUGAAGCUCUUUGGGAUGCCUGCGAAGCACCAGCCAGACUUCAUUUACCUCCGGCAUGUGCCGCUGCGCAAGGUGCACCUCUUCACCCUCAUCCAGCUGACCUGCCUCGUCCUGCUCUGGGUCAUCAAGGCAUCGCCAGCUGCCAUCGUCUUUCCUAUGAUGGUUUUGGCCUUGGUCUUUGUCAGGAAAGUCAUGGAUCUCUGUUUCUCUAAGCGGGAGUUGAGCUGGUUGGAUGAUCUCAUGCCUGAGAGCAAAAAGAAGAAGUUGGAUGAUGCCAAGAAGAAGGCCAAGGAGGAAGAGGAGGCUGAGAAAAUGUUAGAAAUUGGGGGAGACAAGUUCCCCUUAGAGAGCAGGAAGUUACUAAGUAGUCCUGGAAAGAACAACAGUUUCAGAUGUGACCCCUCUGAGAUUAAUAUAUCUGAUGAAAUGCCUAAAACCACGGUCUGGAAAGCUCUCAGUAUGAAUUCCGGAAACACAAAGGAAAAGAGUCUCUUCAACUAAAAGUCUUUGCUGGGCUGGAGGCUGUGGGCCGUGAGGUGCCACAGGGAAGCUCGGGUUACAGAGAAGAUGGCGAGGGUCUCAGAGAAGAAGUGAGCCCCAGCCUGGCCCCGUCCUUGGUCCUGGCCAAGCCAUGCGAGGUUGAGUUAUUGGUGGUGUGCGUCAGAGGGCAUCGCCAGGCGUGAGCAUGGAAACAGACGACCACCUCCUGCUGGUACUUCUCCUUCCUUCUCUUUCUCUUCAGAACUGCCGCCAUUGAAGACCCAGCUUCCACUUGCCAGACAUUUCCUCUUCAGGUGGCUGGCCUGCUGAGCCAUCUAAAUCCAUUCUGCCACUGAGGAUUUUCCUCAGUGAGGUUCCUCUUGCUCAAGGACGGGGUGGGGGAGUGGGAGGAGAGCAGAGAGCAAAGGGAAGCCUCUCCGGUUGCAUAGUGACUGCAGGCUCCUGGGCAGCCCUGGGCCUUGGUUUGGUUGCCUCCUCUGGGGGAUGCUGGUCAGACCCAGAGGCUGUCAGAAGGUCUGCUCCUAGGAGGGUCCGCACCCUGAGCAUUGGCAGUGCCAACCACAACAGCCAGAAGAUGCCUCUGACCCAGUGCAUCUUCCUCGCUCCCUAGCAGCAGCCUGCAUAACUCAGCAAGAACCUUGGAUGAUGAAAGGGCCAAGAGGGACACACGCACUGGACUUGCUUAGCUCAGAUGGGAAAAGGCUCAGGGGAAAAUGAUGAGUGAGGAUGAGCAGCUUCACUUAGUUUCAUUGAUAGAGUAAGAGAAUGAGCUUUAGUGGCUACAGAAGGAAUUAGUUUAGACAUCAGGAAGGACUUCCUCGCCUGAAGAUUUGUCAUACUGUCUGCUUCCUAGAUAUCUGGUGAAAGUUUGAUUAUAGUUAUUUGUGAGUAGAAAAGGAGAUAAGGGGUUUUCUAUUGGGCAUGUUGAGGAAACAUCCGUGUCUUGCUGCUGUCUCUUGAGGACAUAUUUUGAUUCCAUUCCUGGAUAGAUCCAAGUGCUUACAUAAUGUCUCCUUAGAUGCCUUAGUCGCAAACCAUCGUCAACUCAAUGGACCAAACCACUUUCAUCAUCCUGGAUUUUUUUUGUUGACACAUGUUUUAACUUUCAGAUGUAAAAAGCCACAAUGGGGAAAUGAACUGUAAGUGGUGAAAUUAAUUCUUGAUUCAGUUUAAAACUAUAUUUCUACUUCUUGUCACCUCUUCUCUGUUGCAGUGAGGGUUUGGGCUCCAUUGUGUAUAGACUUUCCCUUCCUUUGUGCACAGAAUGUGACUAACAAGCAUGUUGGUACCCAAGGGAUCUGAUAAGUUUCCAUCCUGGAAAAUAUUUGUACAGAGGGACGGCCCCUCAGGGUGCUCUCUUUCACAGGUGAAGAGUUGGCUACAUAAUCUUAUUGAAGUUUACAUUCCUUAGACUCCAAAAAUAUGUUGAUGCUAUUCUAGUCUUACUCUAGGGACUUUGAUAUUGAAGGAAUCCUGCAUUUUCCUAUCUCCCUAUCUCUUAGAGCCACAAUUAUUUUUAAUACAUAGAUGAUUUUCAAAAUAUUUAACAACUCGUACAGGAUAGAUACCAACCACCCAGAAAGGAUGCCUGCUAUAAACAAGCAGUAUGUAUGGCCAUACCAGUGCCUACUGGCUGAGCAUCACCCUGCUUUCAAAUAUUAAAGUGAUAUCCCUUUGAAUUAUGGCUAUUGUUCCUGCUUGUCUAAUUUCUAUUCACAAGGCUGUUUCAGGGACAGCCUCAGCUUCCUUUCCUAUGGUGCAGACAGGAUCAGGCAUGCUUCUUUGAACUCUAUGGGCAUUAAAAUCUUUGAGAGCCAAAGCUUCACAUUUUAUCACUUUAGGAUAAAUGUAAUCAUUGUACCUGUUUACCUACCUGGUUUAGAAAAAUCAUAAGGCAACCCAUCAUUGAGAAAAGCUUUCUUGCUGACUUUCCCUGUCCCUCUCUGGCUGCUUCCUUGAACUUGCCUCCGUUCUUCUCUGUUCCCUGAGAACAUCCCUCCUCUCUUCCCCCAUCUUGCCCCUCCCAUCUUUUCCUGCCACCUCUGUAUAGGGAAGGUGGUGACUGCAUCCCGUUCCCUUGGCCUCAGUGUGGCUACAAGGAAUAUAGCAGGGAAGUCUCCAUCAUGCAGCAGAACUGGGUGACAGUGUCACUCCAAACAUGUUUCUGCACACACUGAUGUCUCAUGAGGCCCUGUCCAGUGGGCUUCCUAUCUUUGUUACCCUCCCAGGGUCCUGGCACAGCCUACUUUGGGAGGCUAUGCCAGUCUUCUGGGGCGAUUAAAUUUUCCUCAAACAACAGCUAGCUCUGUUUGCGCUACAUCUCAGUGGUAGGAACCACUCCAUACUCUUCCUCUCUCAUCUUUCCCAAAUCCCACCCAGCACUCAAUUCCAGUCCUGGCUGCUUCCCAGCUCAAGUCUGUAGCUGGUGACUAUGGGUGGCAGAGUCAAGUUGGGACAGUGUUUAGGAAAUUGAGAGUGAUAGUGAAACAGAGGCCUCGUGUGUAUGUGUGUGUGUCUGUGUGUGCAUGUGUGCUUACUGACAAAUAAGCAUAUCCAGGAGAUUUCGUUGCUGCUACCGAACAGCCUCGUGCAUCUAAGCUGUGGGAAUAUCACGAGAAUAUGGUCCUUCCCCCAUUUAGGACUUCCCCUCUCUAGCCUGAUAGAAUUGCCUGAGGGCAAAUACAGGUAGCUUAGUCUUAGAAAAAGGUGUUUAAGCUCAACGUUAAGGAGAAACUGAUUUAGGGGUAGAAAUCAAGGCAGGUAGUUAGGUAAUUCCCAUGCCCAGGCUUGCUUGGGCCAGAGAAGUAGUCCACCUCUUCUCUGACAAGGGGAAAUUUCAGCAGUAGUUUGAGUGUUGACAGUCAGUGUCCUGAUAGGCUGGUAUUGUAGAGUAGGAACAGAUGGAGGCCAGGGAUUAAGAAAGUGAUGGUGAGUGGAAUCUUGAUUCUAAGCAGAAAAAGUGGCAUCUUAGUGGCAUCACUAAGUGAGUGGGUUACUUCCUAAUCUAUGACUUAGGGAAGGGUUGGUCUAGGGAGAAGGUAAAGGUCAGCAGAAAUGUGUUGUGAAGUUGCCCAAAAUGUUGCUUACAUGAAAUGCAGGCUAAUUCUUUGUAGCUGUUUAUGAUUUCAAACUUCUGAUGAUGGGACUGCCAGGAGGGCUGGUCUUUACUGCACUCAGCUCCUGUCCCCUCUCCUUGUUCGUAUAUUAAAUUUGCCUUUGGGGUAGAGAGCUAGAGAACCAUUCAUUUCCAAAACAAGUUAUAAAUAGUUGCUCUUUCUGUUUGUCUGAGAUGUGACUGGCUUUUAAAUUAGCCAUAGAUAUUUGAUCAAAAUCUGGUAUGCUAAGUCUUAGCAUCUUAGGUUGACAUCUAUGACCUUUAAGAGGUCUCUGCUUUGGGGAGUCUGGUUUUUGGUCAUCCAAAAAAGACAAUUCCUUGUUUGACUUUAUUUUCUACCUAUUCUGUAUUCUAGACUUUCCUCCUAAUUAAGGAAUCAGUAAUUCUCCCUGAAACUUCUCUGUUGAUUUCAACAUCCAUGUUCAGCAUGUCCAGGUUUUCCUGAUGCAUAGGAGAAGGCUUGAGCCAAGGUCUCGUAGCUUUCAUUCUAACUAUCAUCAGACAUACUCUCCAGUAUGUUCUUUCUACUAAUUUGUCAGCUUCUCUAAAUGUCUGCUUUUGCAGGAGAGUUAGCACAUCCUCCGAGGAUUUUUAAGCACUGCUUGCUAGUUCAUUACUGCAUUUUCCUUAGACUUCUCAGGUUCCCAAGCCACAUCCUGGCAGGACAGUCAACAUGCAUCGGAUAUUCUCAACCUUCUUGACUUUCUUUUGGUUGUAGCUGCCAGACCUCCUAAGGUAGAAAUUGUUCUUGCCGGUCCUAACUGACCAAAUGAGACAUCAUCUCAGUUCUGCCCCCUUUUGCUGACUUGGCUUUUUCAAGCUCUCUUUCCCCUCCUUUCUGCUUUUUCCUCAGUCUUUCAAGUUCUUCUUGAAGGGAAAGAGUUUUUGCUCAGAGGUCCUAACAAUCCCCUCCAGUGGGGGCUGGGAAGAAAGGGAAGGAGGUUGGAUAGUUCUGGGGCUGCUCCAAAAGGGAACUUGAUGGUUAUUUGCCUUAUUUAGGAUGAGGGACUAUGAAUUCUCAAGCCCUCAGGAUCAUCCAUAUUUCAGUGUAAAUAGAGAAAGACAUUUCAAAACCAAAUAGAAGGGAUUUUUCUACCAAACCUACUUUUUGUCAUUCUUGGUGCCCCUGGGAUCUUAUAUUAAUUAUAGAGAAUGGGGUAGUUGACUCAAUUCACGUUUCUUUAGUUUCUUUAUCAGAAGGAGGCUGACUUUCACAACCAAAGAGGUGUGAAGUAACUCUAUCAAAAGAGGAAAGGAGUGUCACAUGAAUCUUUUCAAUAGGAAACAUUAGAAAGUGGGAAAAUUCAACUACAGGCAUAAUUCUUUUAGGAGAUUCUGUGCUCAAAGGGAAUGGAAUAGUUUCUGAUCCUUCUGAAAAGAAAAAGAAUAGCAUUUUCUGAAACCUAACUCACUUUCAGCAUUGGAGAAUACAGAAUUUUUCUUCUAGAUGAUGGCAUUAAUAUUUCUGAGUGGGAGAGAGAGAGCCCACCCAUGGCCCUUUCCCAAGCCCAGCAGGAAUCAACAGAGCUUGGGUUCUCUUAGCAGGUUUGCAGUCGAUUUCAACUUGAAGGUUUUUCACACGUGCAAUAAACUGAAUGUGCAAUUACUCCUUUUGCAAAAGAGGCCAAAAUCAUCCUCCCCAUACCUCUCCUCCAUAUUCACUCCUCCAAGAUGAUAAGCCUCCCUCUCGUUUAUCUGUGUCUGUCUGUCUGAUUGGUUAGAUACAGCUGCCCUCCCAAGCACAUGGUGUCAGGUGGAGAGCAGAGCGACCUUCCCACGGAAGGGGACAGCUUGAGGUGCUGGUACAUUUCCCUCGUUUUCUAUGUUCUUCUUUCUAGUAGGUCUCCUGUAGAAAUAGAGAUAUUUUUGUUUUAGAGAUUCCAAAGUAUAUAUUUUUAGUGUAAGAAAUGUACCCUCUCCACACUCCAUGGUGUAAAUAGAACCGAGAACACGUGUCAUUGUGAUAAUCCCCUAGUGAUCUGUGGUAGCAACAGGACCCCUGUCCCUCACCGCCUAGUCUCACGGUUUGUGUCUGUGAACCAAGGGGGUGAUGGUGACACCUCUGCCUGCCCAGACCUUCCUGUGCUCAAUGGGUGAAAAAUAAAGUCUGUGUAACUGUUAA